AUGGGCCAAAGUGAAGAUGGAGAUAAACUUUAUCAGCUGUCCUUUUUCAUCGAUUUGGGACCCAAGCCUGCGAACCACCGCGGUGCUCGCCUACCCUGCCUGAUAUUUCAUCUUCUUUUUGACAACAAAAAAGCCAAAAAAAAACACCCACAGCAGGCACAGUACGCACGGGACCUCACCCGUGACCGAGCCCCGCAGCUCCCCCGCCCGCCCUCUCUCCCUCCCCGCGUUCCCGUGCCCGGCUUUCCUCCCGAGUCCCCUCCCAUGUCCCGCCCCGCGGGCGAGGAGCCGGCCCCGGGCUCCAUCCCCGGGCUGUCCCCGCCGGCUGCCGGCGCCGCCCCAGCGCUGUCUGGCUACGGGGAGCGCCGCCCGUCCGCACCGGCGUCCCGCGGCCCCGAGCGGCUCGGGGGCAGAAACGAGCCAAUUCCCGCUCGCAAAGGGAAUGUGUUAUGUGCAGGCACGCCGUGCUCCUGCGCUGGCUGUGACAGAGCCCGGCGGGGUGCGAAGGUGCCCGACCUUCCCAAGAGAAGAGAGUGGCCCGGUGGUCCCCGGGCUCUGCGCCGAGCUGCUCACCUGCAAGAACAGACCAUGCCCAGGCCCUGCCGAGGCUCCCGCGGCAGCACGCUAGAUCCCGAGGAGGAAUGCUUUACAGAGAAAUCAGUGCUUGCCCAGCCAACAUUUGUUUUUGAGAAGAAGGAUCGUUCUUUGAAGCGGCCUGCAGAAGACCCAGUUUGCAAAGCUGAAAAUGAUUUCAUUAGUUGUUCCAGAAAAUGUGCAAGAUCAUCAUCUUUGACAUUCCAGAAGUCUGACUCUCAGUCUAACACUGAUACAGCUCUCACACAGCAAAGAGGGAGAUCAUCUUCAUUUAACAUCCUUCCUACUUUCCCUCCCUCCCAGGCAGUGAAGAAGAAUAACAUAUUCAUGACCUCAGCUCUUCUUCAAAGAAAUCCUGACUUCAUCAAAAGUCCAAGAGAAGGAUCCUUGUCACCAAGUCAAUUGUGGAAUGUCAUUAGACCUGCCACUUUACAGCCCCCACAAGCCCUGACCUGUCCUGAAAUUCCUGUAGUAUCUCUAAUGACUAAGAAAGAAGCAUGUGUUCAGCUAUCUGAAGACAGCUCUUAUUCAUCCACUGAGAAUUCAGUAAAUUCCAAAACAGCAAUGGGGUCAUCUAUUACCAUGAGUCUUUCCAGCUCUCAAAAAACACAAAGUCAGUUGCUUAAAGAAAGAAGUGUACAAAACAGCAGCAAUUCAGAUUUUGUGUUUGGGGAAAACAUGGUUGAAAGAGUUUUGGUUGCAUCUGCACAUGCUGGCAGACUUUUUAUCAAGAGUCCUGAGAAGCAUCCCAAGCUGUGCAAUGAAGCUGAUUUACACAAAGGAGAAAUAACGUCCAUGUCCACAAGAUCUUCUCAUGUCAGGCCGCAAACAAAAAGACGUUUGUUGAAGAAUGCAACACUAAUUGAAUCAGCAGCUGCUUGUGUUUCCAAGCCAGUGGAGAAAAUCCUGUUAGAUAAAGUUGAAGUUAUAACUGGAGAAGAAGCAGAACAAAAUGUAUUGCAGAUUAACUGCAAGCUUUUUGUAUUUAAUAAGCUUUCUUUAAGCUGGACUGAAAGAGGCAGAGGAUCCCUGAGGCUUAAUGACACUUCUAGCAAUAAGCAUGGAAUGUUACAGUCAAGGCUAAUUAUGCGAAAUCAAGGUAGCUUGAGACUGAUUCUCAACACCCAACUGUGGGAACAAAUGGUUAUAAAAAGAGCAAACAGAAAGAGCCUGUGCUUCACUGCCACAGAUCAAGAGGACCAUUCUGUUAAAGUAUUUCUAACUCAGGCAAGCUCAAAAGACACUGAACACCUUUAUGCAGCAAUACAUCAUCGCCUUGUGGCCUUGCGGAGCUUUGCUGAGCAAAAGCCAGAUGCUCAUCAGGGAGACACAGAGCCAGAAACAGCUUUUCAGCCAUUAAACUGUGAUAGUGAUGAUGAAGAUGAUGAAGAACUAAGUCAAGUGAGCAGCACUGGAUCUGGUAAGUGUCCUCUCUGUAAUUUUAUCUUAGAAGCUAUUAGAAUGAAUUCAAAGAUUCUGGAAUCUAGGACUGGGGGAGCACUGGAGGGACGGAUACUGGGAACACUCUGGAGCACGGCAAGUACUGGGGGUGCUGCUGCUGAGCCCUGGGACACGGGGGAGCAGCGGGAAGCCCUGGGGACGCUGUCGCUGUCCCCUCACGGCGCCCGGGGGGCCGGGCGCGGGGACAUCCACCGCGCGCCGCCUACGUGCCUCGCGCCCCGUCCCGCGCGCCACCAGGAGCCGGGGCGGGGCCAAGCAGGGGCGGGCGGGCGGGGGGGGGGAUGGGGAGAGAGAGAGAGAUGUCUCCUCUACGCUUGCGCAGACGGCGCUCCCCGGGGCGCGGGGCGGGGCAGGCGGGCACGGCGCGCUGCGCCCCGGUUGGCCGGGGAGGGCGCAAGCGCCGGGGAUAGCACUCAGGCUCCGCUCCCAUGA